AGCCAUUUUUUCUCAAGCCAGUUUGGCUCAAGCUAUUUUGGCUCAAGCCAUUGGGCACAAGUCCCAGUGCCAUGUCGUUCUGGAUAGUCUCAAAAAGUCGCUAUGUCCCUCGAAGCGUCGAUCAAGAACUACGGCCUGACAAAACAAUGGAGCGCCGCACUGCGGUUGCUCCGCAAAGGAAUUCAAUUGGGUGUGCAACUUUUUCCAAGCCACUACGUUGCGACUGUCAGCGCAUGCAGAAAAGGCGGGCAAUGGCAACACGCGUUGUCAGUUCUCAGUGAGAUGUGGGAGGUGAAGCUGGGGCCCAACGUCAUCUCUACAGCGCUGGGAUCAGCGCGUGCGAGAAGGGCGGGCAGUGGCAGCGGGCUUUGGCGCUGCUGAGCGAAAUGCGGGAGGCGAAGAUGGAGCCCGACUCAGCUACAACGCUGGGAUCAGCGCGUGCGAGAAGGGCGAGCAGUGGCAGCCAGCGCUGGCGCUGCUGAGCGAGAUGUGGGAGAUGAAAUUGGAGCCCGACGUCAUCUUCAGCUACAAUGCCGGGAUCAGCGCGUGCCAGAAGGGCGAGCAGUGGCAGUUUGCGCUGGACCUGCUGGGCGAGAUGCGGGAGGCGAAGCUGGAGCCCGACGUCAUCAGCUACAAUGCUGGGAUCAGCGCAUGUAAGAAGGGCGAGCAGUGGCAGCCUGCGCUGGCGCUGCUGAGCGAGAUGUGGGAAGUAAAGCUAGAACAAAACGUCAUCAGCUACAGCGCUGGGAUCAGCGCGUCCGAGAAGGGAGGGCAGUGGCAGCGGGCGCUGGCGCUGUUGGGCGAGAUGUGGGAGGCGAAGCUGGAGCCCAACGUCAUUAGCUACAGCGGUGGGAUCAGCGCGUGCGAAAAGGGCGGACAGUGGCAGCCUGCGCUGGCGCUGCUGAGCGAGAUAUGGGAGAUCAAGUUGGAGCCCGACGUCAUCAGUUUCAAUGCUGGGAUCAGCGCGUGCGAGAAGGGCGGGGAGUGGCAGCAGGGGCUGGCGCUGCUGAGCGAGAUGUGGGAAGUAAAGCUGGAGCCCAACGUCAUCAGCUACAGCGCUGGGAUCAGUGCGUGCGAUAAGGGCGAGCAGUGGCAGCGGGCGCUGGCGCUGUUGGGCGAGAUGUGGGAGGCGAAGCUGGAGCCCAACCUCAUCAGCUACAACGCUGGGAUCAGCGCGUGCGAAAAGGGCGGGGAGUGGCAGCCUGCGCUGGCGCUGCUGAGCGAGAUGCGAGAGGCGAAGCUGGAGCCCGACGUCAUCAGCUACAACGCUGGGAUCAGCGCGUGCGAGAAGGGCGGGGAGUGGCAGCCAGCGCUGGCACUGCUGAGCGAGAUGUGGGAGGCGAAGUUGGUGCACGACGUCAUCAGGGCGAGCAGUGGCAGCGGGCGCUUGCGCUGCUGAGCGAGAUGUCGGAGGCGAAGCUGGAGCCCGACGUCAUCAGCCAAUUUCAGUGCUGGGAUCAUUGCGUGCAGGAAGGGCGAGCAGUGGCAGUGGGCGCUUGCGCUGCUGAGCGAGGUGUUGGAGGCGAAGCUGGAGCCCAACGCAGCAGCUAAUUACAGCCCUGCGAUUGUCGCUCUACUGCGCAGAAGCGAUGCGACUGGCGCAUUAGGCAGCUUCAACGCUGGCAGCGGGCUCUGGCGCUGCUCAGCGAGAUGUUCAAGCCGAAGUUACAGCGCUGGGUUCAGCGCGUGCGCGAUGGACGGGCAGUGGCAGCGGGCCCUUGCGCUGCUGAGCGAGAUGUGGGAAGCGAGGCUACAGCCCAACGCAGCCAGCCGCAGCCCUGCAAUCGUCGCUCUGCUGCGGAGAGACGGUACGACAGGCUUGUCAGCCACAACGCUGAGGACCAGCGCGUGAGUGAAAGGUGGUCAGAGGCCGCGGGCUUUGGCGCUGUUGAACACGAUGUGUGAGGCGAUGCUGGGAUUCGGACGUUAUCAUGACUUUAGCGUUGUGUUCACUGGGUGCAAGACAGGACGAGCAGUGGCAGCCGACGCAGGCGCUGCUCACCGAAGUGUGGAAGUGCUGGACUCCAAUGCCAUCAACAAUUGCAGCGCUGGGAUCAUCGCGUGCUGGAAGGGCAAUCAAUUGCAGCAGGCUCCGUUGCUGUUCAGCGAGGCGUGGUAGGCGAAGCCGGAGCCCGACAUCAUCAGUUACAGCGCUGGGAUGAGUGCGUACGACAAGGGCGAGCCGUAGCAGCGUAGUUCGGCGCUGCUCAGCCAGAUGCGCGAACGUUGGAGCCCAGCGCCAUCUUGAUCACCUCGACGGGAUCAGAAGUUGUGAGAAGGGCAAGCAGUCGUAGCAGGCCUUGUCGCUGAUCUGCGCGACGUGGGAGGCAAAACUGUAGCCCGAUGUCAUCAGCUACAGCGCUGGGAUCAGCGCGGGCUGGAUCUGCGACCAGCGGCAGCGCUCAGGGAGACGUGGAAGGCGGCAUUUGAGCCCGCCGUUGUCAUUGGCAACGCUGGGAUUAGGGCUCGGACGUUUCCUGGGGAGAUGUGGGAGGCGACGUUGAAGCUGAGCGUCCUCGGCUACAGCGCUGGCAUUAGCGCGUGCGGAAGAGGCUGAUAGGGGCUGCGGGCUCAGACGCUGCUCAGCGAGAUGCAGGAGGCAAAGCUGGGGCCCAACAUCAGCAGCUACAAAGCUAGAGUUAGCUUGAGCGAACAAUGCAAGUGGCGAUGGGAGGUGGCGCUGCUUUGAGCCCAGCGUCACCAAUUACAUCGCUGGGACCGGCGAAUGCGAGAAGGGCGGGAAGUGGCAGCGGGGUUUGGUGCUGCUCAGCGAGACGUGAGAGGCGAGGCUGGAGGCCAGUGUCAUCAGUUACGACGCAGGGGCCAGCCCGUCCGCGAAGGGCGCACACUGGCCGCUGGUCGUUGUGGCGCUGCAGAGCGAGAUGUGGGAGGCGAAGUUGGAGCCCGACGUCAUCUCUCCGGCGUUAUCUCCUUGGACGCCGAGCAGCCACAGCGGGCUCUGGAGAUGCUCGGCCGCGGAGGCGAAGACGGAGCAGCUGAAGAAGCGUGCGUCCGAGCUUGUGGCCAAGCUCUCCGAGGAUCCGAAGUUGCGGGAGACGACAGGAAGCGACGCAUUUGCUGCGCAAGUCUGGCUGGUCGUGACACCCACGCCCACGUGGCACGUGGCAGGGCGAGCCGACGCGUCCCAGCGGCCCUGGAGUCCCGUGCCCGGAAGGCAUGCGGCGGGGCGCGCCAGGUUUCCCCGCCUCCCAUGUUCUCCUUCCCGUGUCUCCCCCCCCGCCCCUCCUGCCCUCCCUCGCCUGCCCCCGCUCGCCAGCCCCUCCUGCCCGGGGACAGCUUCGACGACGGUCUCUUUUCCGGCUUCGGUCUCUCACCGUGCAUUGUGCCGGCUUUUUGCCGAGAUCCUUCGAUUCUUGGCGUGGUCGUUUUCUUCCUGCGCGCCUGGGUCACAUCAUCACCUGCAUCCGUG